AUCGUAUAGAAUGACCUUCAAUGUGGUUAAAUUAUAAUAUUCGAGUGGUACUCUCAUAUUACCAGUAUAAUCUUGUUACAGAUUAUAUAUUGGGAAAUUAUAUUAUUAUUGGUUGUUUUUGAUUCUCAUUAAUCUGUUACUGAAGUGUCAGCUAAUGAGAAUUUUUCACUUAAUAAUUUGGGCCAAUCAAUAUAAGAAAGUAUUGAUUGACUUAAGACCAUGUAAUUCUAAUUGCCAUGUUUCAGAAGAUAGAAACAAGCCACUGCCUAUUCCUUACCAGAUUCAAUCUCCCAGAUGUUUGAUAAAAAAAGCGUCCUCCCUUUUGCGAUGACUUUCUCUCCAUAACUUUAAUAAAGGAUUAAUAGA